ACUGGAAAUGGUUUGCGUACCAACGUCGAAAGGAUGUGCACACUGUCUCGCGAAGCAUGUGAAGGGUAUCGCAAAGCACUGGUCGUCAAACAUUACGAUGCAAGCGGAUCCAGGACGAACAACUUCAGCUCAUGCCCCAAACAAAUGCAUCGCGUGAAGCAAACGAGGAGCAUCUCAUGUGACAGCAGAUGCUGCGACACAGUUUCAAUUGUCACAGACGAAACAUGGCUUCCAUCAUCUUCGAACCUCCUUAGUUCAUUCUGGAGUGAUGUCGAAUCGGUACUGUUGAGCGCGAUCUCACCGGAAUGGCAACUGCUUCCACCAUCGGACCGUCAUACUGGGAAGUGGCUACAGGAAGUUGUCUACCGGUCGAAGAACAGUACACUAUUGAGUCGUUCCAUUCGCGCAUUGUCAGCAACGUAUGUUGGUAAGGUCACAGGCGCAAUAGACCUGAUUAUGGUGGGCCAAUCCUAUUAUGCCACUGCGUUGGGUGACAUGCGAAGGCUGUUGUCAGAGAACGAUGAUGAUAUUGCAUCUGUUCAAAGCGCUGCGAUGCUACUGACGUUCUUCGAGCUUCUUAAUCCUUCCUCGAAUCAAGCCUGGAUACAGCAUGCUGGAGGUGUGACACGUAUCAUGAUGCUUCGUGGUCCAAGUGCUUAUACCCAAGGCUUCGACAAAGUUUGUUACAUGGCUAUGCGCAAUUUUGCGGCUGUCUGGAGCGUACCGCUUAUUCGAACCGAUAGAUCNAGCGAUGCUCUUAUCUCAGGCUCAGCAUGCUUCUUGGAUGAUGAUAGCUGGCUCAUCGCAAACGGGAAUGCCCAAGAUCUGUCUGAGAUCAUGUUUAGAAGUCACAUCAAGCUUCCUGCACUCUUGCAUGACCUGCAGAAUACAGCUGUAAAUGGAGACUUUCCCCAGAUUGUUCUGGCGAAAGCCCUGGCGCUACGCGAUGACAUGCUGUGCAGCUUCCACCGCUGGCUCGAUUCAAAGAGGGUCAUAGGCGUGUUUCCACCACUAUCUACAGGCAGCGAUUCUUUGGACGACCACACAUACAUGUUUCCAGAGCUGCAAAGUCUAAUCCUGUAUUGCUCUCACUACGCAGUCGAUGCUCCAUGGUUCGCAAGAAAGAUCAUGCAUCUCAAUUUCCAGCGUUGCUGA